GUCCUGAAUGCAAAGUUCACUUCUGCUGCUUCCUGUAGAGAAAUCUGCAGCUGUUCUGGGAGAAGUCUUUCAGAUCAAGAACACGCUUUAGUUCCUGGAUGGAAUCAGGCCCCCUCAGCCGGCCUCAGACCCCCUGUUUCCUUUACAAGUGCUCGGGAAAGUGUUUAAGAAAAAGCUUAUCCACUGAGAGCGACUGACAUCAGGCUCCGGGAACGCCAGAAGAUGAGUUCUGGAAAGGAGACAUUGCAAAUCACCAGCAAACCAGCUGUCGAUGAAGCACAGGCCAUUAAGUUGGUAGAGACACUUUUUGGCUUACAAGUAUCCAGGGUAAAGCCACUGCCAGGCUACGAUGAUCAGAAUUUCUACAUCCAGACUUGGGAUGAUGGGACUACUACACAAGGAGAGUAUGUUCUGAAGAUCAUGAACAGUGAAGACAGCAAGAACGCUGAGCUAGUGGAAGUGCAGACAUGUGCUAUGAAGUUCCUACAUGAUGAAGGUCUACCUACACCAAAUGCUCAGCUGACAAAAACUGGUGAAAUCAUGUCUCUAGAGCCAAUUGACUAUGGAGGCGUCAUACAAAAGCAUAUGGUGAGACUUCUGACCUACCUUCCUGGGACACCAGUAGCGGAAAUUAAGACAACUCCUGAAAUCUUAUUUGACAUAGGAAAAACAGCAGCUAUUCUUGAUGAAACCUUAACAAAGAAAUUCCAGCAUCCGUAUAAGAAAAGUUUUGAACGUGGGGAUUUUAUCUGGAACUUGUCAAACACCCCACUGCUAAGAAAAUAUAUUUAUGCUAUUAAAGAUGAAAAUUUACGUCAGAUUAUAGAAGGAGUCAUCACUGACUUUGAGAGUUCUGUGAAGCAAAAUCUAAAAAGGUUUCGACAAUGUGUAAAUCAUGGAGAUUUGAAUGACCACAAUUUACUAGUGGAAAAGAUCAACAUAUCCAAUGGAAAUGGCAGCAACCAGAACAGAGUCUCAGGAAUUCUGGAUUUUGGGGACAUGAGUUAUGGGUGUUACAUUUUUGAAGUUGCAAUUACAAUAAUGUACAUGAUGAUAGAAAGUAGUGACCCGCUUCCUGUAGGUGGAUACGUUUUAGCGGGAUAUGAGAGUGUGGUUCCCCUGACAAAAGAAGAAAAGGAGGCCCUGUUCACCCUAGUGUGCUGUAGAUUUGCCCAGUCUCUAGUAAUGGCAAGAUACAGUGUCCUACUUUGCCCAGAAAAUGAAGAAUAUCUUAUGAUCACUGCAAAAACUGGGUGGAAACAUCUGAAGACUCUGCACAAUAAGGGAAAAGCGGUCAUUGAGAAGAUCUGGGAGGACACUUCAAGAUCAUACCUUGAAAACAAUCAUGAGCACUAACAUGAUAACAAAAUCUGUAAGGCUGAAGAAACACAUCCAUCCAUCACACCAGCCUAUUAUCCUGAAAAGUUGAUCCAGAGGAAGGCAAAAAAACAACAAGAGAUAAAAGCCAAUUUUCCUAAUUUUAGGGGGGGGGAAAUCUUAAGGCAAUUAGAGUAACUAUUUGGAUCAAUGACCAUUCUCCAAAAUUCUAGUAACUGUAAUAUUAGAAUUCUCAAGAAAUACAUCCAGGCCCAUCCAGAACUCUUUUAGUGAAUUCCCCAUCACCACCUCCUCAGGCAGAGAGUUCCAGAGUCUCACUGCUCUUACCGUAAAGAAUCCUCUUCUAUGUUUGUGUACAAACCUUCUUUCCUCCAGACGCAGAGGAUGUCCCCUCGUCACAGUCACAGUCCUGGGUGGAUAUGAAAUGGUAGAGCAUGGGAGAGUUCUUUUGUACUGCCCCCUGAUAUAUUUAUACAUGGUUAUUAGAUCUCUCCUCAGUCGUCUUUUUUUCUAAAGUGAAUAAUCCUCAUUUUGAUAAUCUUUCAGGGUACUGUAGUCCAUCCAUUUCAGUUAUUACUUCUGUUGCCCUCCUUGAACCCUCUCCAACUCUGCAGUCUUUCUUAUACACAGGAGCCCAGAAUUGUACACAAUGCUACAUAUGUGGUCUGACUGGUGAUUUGUAAAGUGGCAGGACUAUGUUACAUGCAUCUAUGCCCCUUUUUGAUGCACCUAAUAAUCUUAUUGGCCUUGGCAGCAGCUGCCUGACACUGGUUUCUACAGUUAAGUUUACUGUCAUCUAAAAGUCCUUUUCCAUGUCAGUGUUACCCAGUGUUUUACCAUUCAGCAUGUACUGGUGACUUGUAUUUUUCCUUCCCAUGUACAUAACCUUACAUUUGUCAGUGUUCUGUGCCCAAGUCUCCCGUCUAUCCAGAUCCACCUGUAGCGGUCUACUGUCCUCUUUUGUGUUACUUUGUACAGUUUAGUAUCGUCAGCAAAAACUGAUAUUUUACUGUGCAAGCCUUCUACAAGAUCAUUAAUAAAUAUUGUAGCAAUGUCUUUGGUAAAGUACUGGAGUACUAUUUAUAUGUUGCCCAUAUUUCUCAGAUGGGUCAGAUAAAAGGAAUCCUAAAAGCUGUAUGAUUUCAGCAAAGUAUAGUUUGCUGGCACUGGUUUAUUUAGACUUUAUUUAUAGGCUGGAUUUUUUGGGGGUAAUAGUAGCGUGUCUUCCAUUCCAGCCCAUUCCAGUACAGCUAUUCCCCCUAGCCUGAGGUGUUUCCAUGUGUAAUCACUGCAAUCGUUACUGGGGAAUAAAUAGAGGCCUCAGUGUGGGUCAGAGCCUUGAAGCUGGUAGGCGUGCCUCCUGUGAAAAGUCUGAUCUGCAUGGGACUUGUACCUAGGUGAGGUAGAAAGUAACCACUGUUUAGUUAGCGCUUAGACAGGCCACAAAUUUGAUUUAAUGUUUGUAUUAUUUGGUGCUGUGGCUUUACACGAUGCGCUUCUAUAACUUGGAUGCCUUGUUUUGGAUACAAAAAAUAAACUGAGUUUCGACUUUUAGGACUGCUGAGCCCAGUGACAUCUGUUAUUUCUAGCCCUGUUCACACAUAGAUCCCUAUAAUAUAUUGAGAAUAAGGCCCAAUACCAGUACCUCAGUAAUGACCCAAUCAAGUCUAGAACUUACCUCCUUAUAGAAACAUUAAUUUGACAGGGCCGAUCCCUUAAGAAUACGGCAUUAUACACUUAUUUUAAGUGAGUCCCUCCAGGAAAGCAUCUCUUAGAAAACCUUUACCCUGGUUUCACACCUAAGCGUUUCUCAAACGCGCGUUUCUAUGCGCGUUUUUGUCGCGCGUUUUUAUGCGCGUUUUUUGUAAUAGUAAACGCGCGUU